AUGAAUCCAAUUAGUCGGACAGCAAGAGAUGAAUUUUGUGUCAGUAUUGGAGGUCCAGAGGUUCAAAUCUAUGCUUUGACGAAUACCCAUUUGCUUAUUUCACAGUUGGUUGAGGCUAAGAUAAAAACCUGGAGAUCUCAGUCCCCAUUUGUGCUUGUGGCCUGUAGCUGGUUGCCUGGUGGAUUAGUUGAGAGCAGAAGUUGUCUUGGGUGCUGUAUAAAGCCCCCACAUGUUAUUUCAGUGGAUAGGCCAUCCAAAGGACAGAAAGUUCAGGGUAAACACUUGAGGAAACGUAGUUCAAGGGACGACUUCUGGAGCAGUAGUGCUUGUGAGAUGGAGAAUAGCGCAUUUCCUUCACAGAGAAGCAUCUCGUCAAUUAGUACUUCAAAUCAGGGCCUUGAUCCCCAUAGUAGCUCCAGCACCACAAACAACAACGCUGAAUUUGUAAAUCAUGGUCUAAUUCUUUGGAGUAAAACUAGGCAAGAAUGGAUUGGAAGUAGAACACCUCAGAAGCGUACUGCAGCUCGAGAACCUAAACUAAGCUUUGGUGCGAGUUACGAGACUUUGCUAGGGACCAACAAGCCUUUCCCUCAGUCAAUCCCUCUAUCGGAAAUGGUAGACUUUCUUGUUGAUGUCUGGGAACAGGAGGGGCUAUAUGAUUGAGCUGCCACAUAACUGGUCUUACCCAACCAUUGUAUUUCUGUUUGUAAAGUUUACAGAAAGCAGGACAGAAAAGAUUAAAACAGUUCAUGUUUAAUCACAAGAUUUGUAUGUUUACAGAGGAAAAUUGAAAUACCUGAAAGCUUUUCAAAUGGAGGAGAGGACCCUUCUUUAAUUUGUUAAUAAACGAAUUUAUUUUCAAGAAAAGUGAUAUUCAAGCAUUCA